AAGAGCCCACCGCCCGCCCGCACUCCCCGCGCACGCGCGCACGCCCGCUCGCGCGCGCGCCCCACCACUCCGCAGGCCGGGAUCCCAGUCCUGAGGAGAAAGCCCGAGGGUACUGCCGCCUCCCCGGGCUACUCGCAGCGCCCAGCCAUCAUGAGUGAAAUUCCUAAGGACUCCUUGAAGGCCAUCCUGUUGGAGUUAGAAUGUCACUUUACAUGGAAUUUACUUAAGGAAGACAUUGAUCUAUUUGAUGUGGAAGAUACAAUUGGGCAACAACUUGAAUUUCUUACCACAAAAUCCAGACUCACUCUUUAUAACCUAUUGGCCUAUGUGAAACACCUGAAAGGCCAAAAUAAAGAUGCUCUAGAGUGCCUGGAACAAGCAGAAGAAAUAAUCCGGCAAGAACACUCAGACAAAGAGGAAAUACGAAGUCUGGUCACUUGGGGAAACUAUGCCUGGGUAUAUUAUCACAUGGGCCAUCUCAAAGAAUCUCAGAAGUAUAUAGACAAGAUAGGGAACGUUUGCAAGAAAUUGUCCAGUCCUUCUAAUUACAAGUGGGAGUGUCCUGAGAUUGACUGUGAAAAAGGAUGGGCACUCUUGAAAUUUGGAGGAAAGUAUUACCAAAGGGCUAAAGCAGCUUUUGAGAAGGCUUUGGAAGUCGAACCUGACAAUCCAGAAUUUAACAUCGGCUAUGCCAUCACAGUGUACCGGCUGGAUGAUUCUGACAGAGAAGGGUCUAUAAAGAGCUUUUCCCUGGGCCCUCUGAGGAAAGCUGUUACCUUGAACCCAGAUAACUCCUACAUUAAGGUUUUUCUGGCACUGAAGCUUCAAGAUGUACAUGCAGAAGCUGAAGGGGAGAGGUAUAUUGAAGAAAUCCUGGACCAGAUAUCAUCCCAACCAUAUGUCCUUCGUUAUGCAGCCAAAUUCUACAGGAGAAAAAAUUCCUGGGACAAAGCUCUGGAACUUUUGAAAAAGGCUUUGGAGGUGACACCAACCUCUUCCUUCCUGCAUCACCAGAUGGGACUUUGCUAUAGGGCACAAAUGAUCCAAAUCAAGAAGGCCACACGAAACAGACCUAAAGGAAAGGAUAAACUGAAAGUCGAUGAGCUGAUUACAUCUGCUAUAUUUCAUUUCAAAGCAGCUGUGGAAAAGGACUCUAUGUUUGCAUUUGCCUACACGGAUCUGGCCAACAUGUAUGCUGAGGGAGGCCAGUACAGCAAUGCUGAAGACGUUUUCCAAAAAGCCCUUCGUCUGGAGAACAUAACUGAUGAUCACAAACAUCAGAUCCACUAUCACUAUGGCCGCUUUCAGGAAUUUCACCGUAAAUCAGAAAGUACUGCUAUCCACCAUUAUUUAGAAGCCUUAAAAGUCAAAGACCGGUCAUCCCUACGCACCAAAUUGACAAGUGCUCUGAAGAAAUUGGCUGUCAAGAGACUCGGUCACAAUGCUUCAGAUGUGCAGAGUUUAAGUGCGCUAGGGUUUGUUUACAAGCUGGAAGGAGAGAAAAGGCAGGCUGCUGAGUACUAUGAGAGGGCCCAAAAGGUAGAUCCAGAAAAUGAAGAAUUCCUUACUGCUCUCUGUGAGCUUCGACUUUCUAUUUAAAUACAUACUCUAGGAAAUUAGUUCUAAGCUUUUCUGUCCAUUUUGGGUCAUUAUAUUUUUUUGUUUAUUAUUUUAACCCAUUGUUCAUUAUAGAGCCAUUUUUUUGGAUGGUUAUGUACCACGCAUCAUUCUAAAUACUUUAUAUAUACAU